CAUAUAUUUGCUUAUUGUAGGGCACAGUAUCCACUUCCAUGAUAAGAAGAUUGCUUUGCUGGAGGCUGGUCCUAGGAAAGAAUACAACCAUGUGCCAGACACCUACAGUAACAGGGUCAGUUCUGUCUCCCCAGGAUCAGCAACACUUCUAAGCAGUUUUGGUGCCUGGGAUCAUGUCUGCAGCCUGAGACUCAAACCGUUCCAGCGAAUGCAGGUGUGGGAUGCUUGUUCAGAAGCCAUGAUCGCUUUUGAGAAAGAUGACUUAGAUGACAUGGGUUACAUAGUGGAGAAUGAUGUCAUUAUGUCUGCUCUCACAAAACAAUUAGAUGCAGUAGCAGACCGGGUGGAGGUUUUCUACAGGAGCAAAGCAGUGGGGUAUACGUGGCCCCUCCCCUCUCACAGCUGUGGCACAAGCCCUUGGGUCCAAAUUGAGUUAGCUGAUGGACGCAGACUUCAGACCAAACUGCUGAUCGGUGCGGAUGGUCAUAACUCUGUAGUCCGGAAGGAAACCGAAAUUAAGAACAUUGAGCAUCAGUAUGACCAGUCAGCAGUGGUGGCAACUCUUCAUUUGUCUGAGGCCACAAACAAUAACGUAGCGUGGCAGAGGUUCCUUCCCACAGGGCCAAUUGCGCUUCUUCCGCUGUCUGACACUGCCAGCUCUCUGGUCUGGUCUACAUCUCAUGAACACGCAUCGGAACUUCUCACUAUGGAUGAGGAAAGUUUUGUGGAUAGCAUCAACUCUGCCUUUUGGAGCAAUGUAAACCACUCUGACUUCAUUGACACUGCUGGGGCCAUGUUUCGGUCUGCUCUUUCACUCUUGAGGCCCUCAGGGAGUGCAGUCCGUCAGCUACCCCCAAGUGUUGCUAAAGUGGAUCCAGAGAGCCGAGCCAUGUUCCCUCUUGGAAUGGGGCAUGCGACAGAGUAUGUCCGGCACCGCGUGGCCCUUAUUGGGGAUGCAGCGCACAGAGUCCACCCACUUGCGGGACAAGGUGUAAACCUGGGCUUCGGUGAUGUUGCGUGUUUAGCUCAUCACCUCAGUGCAGCAGCCUUCAAUGGGAAUGACCUGGGCUCCUUAAAACAUCUCUUAAAGUUUGAGACAGAGCGUCAGAGGCACAAUGUCUCCUUGAUAGCUGCUAUUGAUGUGCUAAAGAGGCUUUACUCCACGAAGCUGGCUCCCUUGGUGUUGCUGAGGACAUGGGGAUUGCAAGCAACAAAUGCCCUGCCUCCUGUCAAAGAGCAAAUCAUGGCUAUCGCCAGCAAGUGA